UCUUGCGAAGUUGCAGUCAUGCAAGCUUCCCCCGUCCACCCACAUUCAUCCAUCACUUCUAUCACGCCGCGCCAAGGAGGCCAGCCGCACCAACCAUGUCUUCCUCCAGCGCCGAUGUCCCCGACGUCGCCGGCAGCUACAGGGUGUGUGACACGGUCGUGCUCUUCUGCAUCGCCUUGGCGUGCGGCGUCAGCGUCCUCGCGUUGGCCGUCUGCUUCAGGCGCGUCUUCGAGCAGGCUGGGUACGCCCCGGGUGGUGCGGCGUCGGCGUCGUCCGGGGCCGCCGGCAGAAGAAGAAGCAGCCGGCGCAGCGGACUGGCGCCGUCAGAGCUGGCGGCCAUCCCCAAGUCCACGUACCGGAGGUGCGCUGUUGCCGGCGGGUGGGCGCAGUGUGCGAUCUGCCUCGCCGUCAUGCCGGACGGGGAGGUGGUGCGGCGGCUGCCGGCGUGCGGGCACAUGUUCCACGUCGAGUGCAUCGACACGUGGCUCUACUCGCACCCCACGUGCCCUCUAUGCCGGUGCGACGUCGGCCAGGAUAAAGUUUGAGCAAACACCCCUGGCCGGAGCAUUGGAUGAAAGAAUACGAACAGGUUCUAGGGGAAGUUUUAGUUACUCUGUGUAUAUAUACUAGUACGUACAGGUAGAGUUUCUUUUUGAGAUUACAAGCAACUUUAACUCCUAUACUGUAUGCCUUAGCCAUUUCUUUAACCCGUUCUUCAA